UCAAUCCCUGACGACCCAACAAGCCAGUCUUGAAGUCUGUAUGCCCAAGAGUUUGAGAUUGCGCGGCGCGCCGACAAAAAUUGGUGCGAAGCAGCAGACGACAGACAAAGGACCCAACAAUUCGAGCUCUAGUUGCAGCUGCAGUGCAAGUGUCAGGCAAGCUUGACUUGAUUACAGUGCGCACUAGGCAGACUACUCUUUUGCUGCUCUAUCGUUAGACGACGUCAAGGCAGCGAAAGCAUCGAGCUUCCUGCCGUCGGCCAAAGAGCGUCAAUGGAUGCCACCAAGCUGAGCAACGACUCGGCGGAGUCCCUCGACAAUGCUGAGACAUGGGACUCUGAUGGACAGACAUCAAGCACUGGAAGCGAGAACUUGUCCUGGAUUGCGUGGUAUUGCUCUCUACCAGGUCAUGAUUACUUCUGCGAAGUUGCAGAGGACUACAUCGAAGACGAUUUCAACAUGACAGGCUUGUCUUCACUUGUGCCAAUGUAUAAAGAGGCGCUCGAGUUCGUUCUAGAUCUUGAACCUGAUGAUGACGAGUUUGAGUUGGAUGCUGCAGAAAGGCGCAUAGUUGAAGCCAGCGCGGAAUUACUGUACGGUCUUGUGCAUCAGCGCUUCAUCACCAGCAGGGCAGGCCUUGCCUUAAUGGCAGAGAAAUACGAAGCCGGACACUUUGGAGUCUGUCCACGAUUGCUGUGUCAUGAGGCUGCAGUUCUGCCAGUCGGCCUGAGCGAUGUCGUCGAGGAAGACCCCGUCAAGCUCUUUUGUCCGAAUUGCCUUGAUGCCUACAAUCCUCCCAAUUCGAGGUACAAUGCGAUAGACGGCGCUUACUUUGGCACCACAUUUCCACACUUGUUCUUCAUGACUUUUCCAGAGCUAUUGCCUUUUGCCACAGGGUCCAUCUACGAUCCGUGCAUUUUUGGCUUCAAGGUCAGCGAGCGUUCAAAGACAGGCCCAAGGAUGCGCUGGCUACGCGCCCAUAUUGGAUCAGCGGAAGCUAAUGAAGCUAGCUCCGAGGGAUCGUCCAAUUCGGGCGACGGAGAGCCACCUGCUGGAUCUGAACAAGAUGGCAAGGCAGUUCAGGACACUUCAAGGCCACAAGAGCAUAUUCGAGACAACUCUACAUCACACAGGGCUGGUGGAAACGAAAUAGCAUCAAAUCACUCGACUGUGCCAAUGGACUGUGCCAGCACGGCGCACAUAGGGGCAAUCAAGGCAGCGUUGUAUCACCACCAGUACCACAGGUCCACAGCGCCUGCACUUGCAGUGGAAGCAUAGUCUUGUUGGCGGAAACAAACACAGAUAAGCAUGACGGCUAAAUGAUGGCCCGAAACAGGAACACAGUAUAGCUUGUCGAAGUGAUAGCAAGUGUAAUUGAAUCAAGCAGAUGCAUAAUGGUUUGUAUAGAUUGGCAUUGAUGGAUUGCGGGGAAAAGAUGACAAAAUCUACUUCUUGGCCUGCUGGCGCAUGACAGCCUUGACAAUCUGUUGCUCCUCAAUUAGGAAAGCACGAAUGACACGGUCGUGCACGCAGUUGGCGCAACGUGAUCCUCCGUAAGCGCGCUGAACAGUCUUCUUUGGCUUCGAGAUGUUUGCGAAUUCCCGCGGACGCAGUGCAGGGAUACCUGGAAGGGAGAUGCCGCAGUCACCGCAUUUGGGCGAUGUUCCAAGCUUCUUCAAGUGUUGGUAUCGUAGGGUGUUUCCCGGUGUCUUGACGAUUCUGACACGGUU